AUGCCCAAUUCUCACAUGGCAGCACAGAAUAAGCAAGUCCUGGCAGUUGUGACUAUCGAGCGAAUGCUGGAGAGGCUGAAAAAGUCCAAUGAACUCUUGGAGCUCAUUCUUAAAGGGCUGAAUGAGUACUUGGAAAAGAAGCGCCUCUUCUUCCCCAGGUUCUUUUUCCUGUCGAAUGAUGAGCUCCUCGAGAUCCUGUCUGAGACUAAGGAUCCCACCCGAGUGCAGCCUCACCUCAAGAAAUGCUUUGAAGGAAUUGCAAAGGUCGAAUUUACAGAAACUUUGGAUAUUACACAUAUGAAGAGUAGUGAGGGAGAAGUUGUGGCUCUUGUAGAUACCAUUUCAACAGCCAAAGCCAGGGGCCAGGUGGAGAAGUGGUUGGUUGAGUUAGAGAGGACUAUGAUUAAGUCCAUUCACAAGGUGAUUGGAGAUGCAAUUGCUGCAUAUACCAAACAUUCACGAAUUAGUUGGGUAAGAGAUUGGCCUGGACAGACUGUUCUCUGUGUAUCUCAAACCUUCUGGACGGUAGAAGUCCAAACUGCUAUACCUAAGGGGCAUCAGGCCCUUGAAGACUACUUGGCAAAAUGUAACCAUCAAAUUGAUGAUAUUGUCACAUUGGUUCGUGGCAAAUUGUCCAAGCAGAACCGUGUUACUCUGGGAGCCCUUGUGGUACUGGAUGUUCAUGCUAGAGAUGUGCUUGCCAGCCUUGUAGAUAAAAAAAUCAGUGAUGACUCGGACUUCCAGUGGUUAAGUCAGCUUAGAUACUACUGGCAAGAAAAUAAUUUAGAAACAAAGAUGAUCAAUGCUGGUUUGCGAUAUGGCUAUGAAUAUCUGGGAAAUUCCCCUAGACUAGUCAUAACCCCACUCACAGACCGCUGUUACAGGACCUUAUUUGGAGCCCUUCACCUGCACCUUGGAGGAGCACCUGAGGGCCCAGCUGGUACCGGAAAGACAGAAACAACCAAGGAUUUAGCAAAAGCGGUUGCCAAACAGUGUGUCGUUUUCAACUGCUCCGAUGGGCUGGAUUAUUUGGCUUUAGGAAAAUUCUUUAAGGUUUGGAUCAACUAA